CGGCGGAUUCCGACGUCACGUGCACCGGAGCCCGGCGGAGUGAUACGUCGUGCGAGCAUCGGUCGCUCUCGCAGUGCCGGCUUUGUUGGAUUUUGAGCGCAUCUGGUGCCAGCGCUGCGGCUUCGUGUCGGAUACCUCUGUAGUGCAACGAAAACAACGCUUCAGAAAUGUCUUGGCAGACGUACGUCGACAACCAAAUUUGUGCACAGGUCAACUGCACAGUGGCCGCAAUUGCUGGCCUCAACGAUGGAGCCAUUUGGGCGAAAUAUGAAAAGGACUCCAACUGUUCGAUCACGCAGCAGGAGCUGAAAACCAUCGCCGACACGAUGCGGACCAACCCUAGUGCUUUCAACGAGACCGGCAUCCACCUUGGUGGCCAGAAGUAUGUCUGCCUAUGCGCCGAGAACAACUUGGUCCGGGGCCGAAAAGGCAGCUCAGCAUUCAUCGCCGUCGCCACGAACACCUGUCUGCUGGUAGCUGCCACCAUUGAUGGCUUCCCUCCUGGUGUGCUCAACACUGUGGUCGAGAAACUAGGAGACUAUCUGAAGCAAAAUAACUAUUAGUUUUACAAAGCAAAGGAAAGUGCUGUCUGCCACGAAAUUGCUCGGGCUGCCUCCUCCCCCUGAUCCUGCUGUCGCUGCCACCUUCCUUUCCUGCCCCUUCCCUGAUGGUCAAACCAUGAAGAUGCCACAAAGCCAACAUGACGUCCGCCGAAGACCGCAGCCCCAUGCAUCGGCGCUCUUGCAACUUCAGUUUGCACCACCCAUUCCUUCGAAUUCGCUUCCUUCCACUUUCUCACGAGCACUGUUAACAUGACACGUCCGUGAGUUCUGCGGAGUCCCUCUAUAUUGUUUCUGUGAAAGGGGAGGGGGUGUGCAACUGCGAAGGAGAGAAGACUCCAUCACUUCUUGCCUGUAUUCGUUGGCACAUUUUUAAUUGUGAAUUGUAAUCUUUUUUUUUAUGCGUUACAAUGUAUUUUUCUUCUCACCUUCUCCUCCUCUUCAAUGUUUUUUUAGGUGGGUCGGGGAAACAAUUUGUGCGUUAAUGGCAAAGCUGUCAAAGCCAGUGAACAUGGUGUUGCGCCAAAUACGCCGGUUGGAAUAAAUUCCAGUGUUGGUGAACUUAUACCCAACUUUUUUUUAUGCACACAUGUUGAGAGGUGGACAGGUGCUAUUAAAUUAUUUUGUGCUGUU